AUGGCGGCGGAGGGCGGGAGGCACGACCAGGGGAUGGCGCUGCGCAAGGCCGAGGAAUCAGCUGCGCGGAGGUGCCAGGCGGCGCGGUGGCUGCAGCAGAUGGAGCCGGCGGCGGUGGAGUCCCUGCCGGAGAGGCCGUCCGAGGAGGAAUUCUGCGUGGCUCUGCGCAACGGGCUCGUCCUCUGCAACGUCCUCAACCGCGUCAACCCAGGAGCCGUCCCCAAGGUCGUGGAGAAUCCCAUUGUUGCGGUGCAGUCGUGUGAUGUGGCGGCGCAGUCUGCGAUUCAGUAUUUCGAGAACAUGAGGAACUUCCUCGUUGCAGUUAGCGAGAUGAAUCUCUUGACGUUUGAAGCUUCCGACAUAGAAAAGGGAGGUUCAUCAAUGAAAGUUGUCGAUUGCAUACUUUGUCUCAAAGCAUACCACGAGUGGAAGCUCUCUGGUGGGAUUGGCAUAUGGCGCUAUGGUGGCAUCGUGAAAAUUGCAUCCUCAAGUAAGAGGUUGCCUUCAUAUUCAUCCAGGGGAGGAGGCUCAGCUGAUCUGAACCAACAAAUGCUGGAAUUUGUGCAUCUUCUCUCUGAAGUCUCCCUUGAGGAAUCUAGAGUCGGAGAAUCUCAGCAUUCACUUUUUCAGCAAUUUGUGCUUCGAGUUGUGAGGGCAUUCCUUCAGGAAUGGGGUGAAGCUGAGGGCUUGCCCUUAGAUGAUAUGGUCCUUGAAACAAUACUCGAGCAAGCCUGUAAAGAAUUCACUAUUCUGCUCGCUUCCCAUCGAAACCAGGUCAGAUCACUUCUAAGGAAGAUGAUGAAAGAUGAAAAUGGACCUCACUCAAAACAGGAAUUGAUUGAAGCUAUUUCAAAAUCUAUGAAGGAGAAUAACGAUUGCUUCUUAUCCUCACUGCGAUUACCUUGUGGUCGCCGCAAACAGUUGGAUGAUGGGGGACUUGAACACCACCAAGAAGAGCUGGAGAAAUUAAAACUGUCCUUCAACGAGAUGAAGCUUCAGGUUGAAUCAACUCGAGCUCAAUGGGAGGAAGACUUGAGUAGGCUAGAAAGUUAUUUUGAGGCUCAUAAUCACAAUGCUUACCAUAAAUUACUCGAGGAAAAUCGUAAGCUUUACAAUCAAGUUCAAGACCUUAAAGGGAGCAUUCGUGUAUAUUGUAGAGUGAAGCCUUUCCUCAAUAUGCAAACUGAUCAAAGAUCUACUGUGGAUCAUAUUGGGGAAAAUGGUGAGAUCAUGAUUAUGAAUCCUCAGAAGCAAGGAAAGGAAGGGCGGAAGAUAUUCUCAUUCAACAAGAUAUUUGGCCCUAAUGCUUCACAAUCUGAGGUUUUUGCUGAUACACAGCCAUUGAUCAGAUCUGUCAUGGAUGGGUUUAAUGUUUGCAUAUUUGCAUAUGGUCAGACAGGAUCUGGAAAAACAUAUACCAUGAGCGGUCCAGACACUGUAACAGAGGAAACAUGGGGUGUGAACUACCGGUCACUUAACGAUCUGUUUGAUAUCUCGCAAAAUAGAGCAGAUACUACCACAUAUGACGUGAAAGUUCAGAUGAUCGAAAUAUACAAUGAGCAAGUGAGGGAUCUACUGAUGGCUGAUGGUGCAAACAAAAGAUUAGAGAUACGAAACAGUUCUCAUGUGAAUGGACUGAACAUCCCAGAUGCAAAUUUAGUUCCGGUGAAGUGUGCACAGGACGUUUUGGAUCUGAUGAGAGUUGGCCAAAGGAAUAGGGCAGUUGGGUCUACUGCUCUUAAUGAACGAAGUAGCCGCUCACACAGUGUGUUGACAGUUCAUGUUCAAGGAAAGGAGAGAGCUUCAGGGGCAACUCUAAGAGGAUGCCUUCAUCUUGUGGAUCUUGCGGGAAGUGAGCGGGUGGACAAGUCCGAGGCCGCUGGAGAAAGACUAACCGAAGCCAAGCAUAUAAACAAAUCACUGUCCGCACUGGGUGAUGUUAUAGCUGCACUUGCCCAAAAGAGCUCCCACGUCCCAUACCGAAAUAGCAAGCUAACACAAGUGCUACAAGAUGCCUUAGGUGGUCAGGCGAAGACAUUGAUGUUUGUCCACGUGAAUCCUGAAGCAGAUGCUUUUGGUGAAACCAUGAGUACCCUCAAGUUUGCAGAGCGUGUAGCCACCAUAGAACUUGGUGCAGCUCGUGCUAAUAAGGAAGCUGGCCAGGUCAAAGAUCUGAAGGAAGAGAUUUCGAAACUGAAAUUGGCAUUAGACGACAAGGAGCGUGAAGCAUCACAGCUAAAAGAUGUCGCGAACCGUGUCGCCUCUGAAAUGAGAAAUGCAAGAACGAGAUCACCUCUAACCAGCAUGCCCCUGAAACCUGAAGCUGGCCAGGAUUCUAGUGUUGACACCUGUGCGAGCGAGAUCAGAAGCUCAUCAUCUGGAAAGCAGAGAAGGUUUCGCUCUCCAUUGUCGGUGAGAGAACUAGAUGAGAAGUCACCUGUCAUCAACAGGGAAUUAUACCUGAGUGCCCGGAAGUUCAAGACUCCAUCUCCUCCGGUAAGAAGUUCAUUGUCUGCUGAGAGAGUUGGCAUUGCUAAAAGCGUGGACAAGUCUGAGAACACGGACUGCACACCAGUAUCAAGGAUCGAAGUGCCCCCCAAAGUACUGCACAACAGCUCUAGGAACACUCCAUCCGUCCUGACAGUUCAAAGCUUACGGAAGUUCCGAGAUUCGGAGGAAAAUCGAAGCGCGAAGCCGUCAGUCCGAGAAAGCAUGACAAAAAACAGGCUGCUUGACAGUGCAACAAAGCCUCAGAAAGAAGACCAAACAGCAAACAAGUACACAGGUGCUAGAGUGAGGUCAGAAGCCAGGGUCCCCAGAAAUAUAUCUGACAUAGAAAACGAGUUUGCAAACAGUGAGCCCACCUUCCAUUUCAACCGCAAGACGAAGAAGCUCCCGCCACAGGCGACAAGACAGUCACAGAGCAUCGAUCUGAGGGCCUCGGUCCGGGAGAUGGAACCUGUGACUGAAGGGAGGCUUCGCCGGAGCAAGGCGCCCUACGGCGGAGGAACCAACAUCCCGUUGCCGGAGACCCGGCGCAGCGUUUCUCUGCCCCGCGGGAAGAUCGCUCUCGUGUGAAAGAUCGAAGUUUUGUCGAGCGAAUUUCAUCAGUACCCUGUGGUCCGGUUAUUGGUAGGGCUCUACGACUGGGUAGACGAACCUGAGAGAGGAUCACUUCAUUCUUUCAUUUGUUUGUUUCUUUUUCUUUUCCUCCUGAAGUUUCUGUGUUUGUUUCCUGCAAACCUCACGCCCUUUGUACAUUGUAAAUGUAGCAGUUGCCAUUAUUAUAGCUCAUUUCAGUGGUGAUUGCAUGAUUGGGAACUGAAAGAAACCGCUAGUGUGUAUCGAUCUUUUCUUUUUAGAAAAAUAGACCCUCAUCAACCUUGAUGUUACUAAAUCUGAAUCUUUUAACAAUGUCAU